CCGCGACCUGCGCCGCUGCGUCCGUCGCCACGGAAUCGCCAGCAGCUUUAACGACGAAGAGCUGAAUACGAUCAGCGCCUGUCAAAAACGACGCAAGCGGCUCAUUUCCAUCUCAUCUGUGCCGCUUUUUAACAAAUAUGGAAGCGACAUCCUCCCGGUCUUGUAGUUAUGAAGAGUACAAGGAGACAGCAGACUGGCUGCUAAACCACACAAAGCACCGCCCCAAAGUGGCCAUUAUCUGUGGCUCAGGCCUGGGUGGCCUGGCUGAUCUGCUGGAGAACAAAACUGUCUUUCCUUAUAAAGACAUCCCCCGUUUCCCCACUAGCACCGUUCCAGGUCAUGAGGGUAGCCUUGUCUUUGGGAAGCUACACGGCCAUGAGUGUGUGUGCAUGAAGGGCCGCUUCCAUUUUUACGAGGGAUACAACAUAAACACAGUCACGUACCCAGUUCGAGUAUUUUUCCUGCUGGGUGUGGAAACUCUGAUUGUGACGAACGCAGCAGGGGGACUCAAUGGCAGCUACAACGUGGGGGACAUCAUGCUCAUUAAGGAUCACAUCAACAUGCCAGGCUUUGCAGGGCAGAAUCCGCUGUGUGGGCACAACGAUGAGAGAUUUGGGGUGCGCUUCCCGUGCAUGUCCGACGCAUAUGACCGCGGGCUGAGGGAGCUGGCCAAGGGCUCAGCCAAGGAGCAGGGCUGUGACCAGUUCCUGCAGGAGGGGGUCUAUUGCAUGCUGGCUGGGCCAUCCUACGAGACCAUUGCAGAGUGCAGACUCCUGAAGACGCUUGGGGCAGAUGCUGUGGGUAUGAGUACAGUCCCAGAGGUGCUGGUUGCUCGUCAUUGUGGUCUGCGUGUGUUGGGGCUGUCGCUCAUCACCAACAAGGUUGUCACAGAUUACGACAGUGGUGAGAAAGCGAAUCACGAGGAGGUGCUGAGGACCACAGAGCUCCGAACCCAGGACCUCCAGAAGCUCGUCAGCAACAUCAUCACCAAGCUCUAAAGCCUUCUUGUAGAAAAAGGGUUUCUAGUCCAGUUGGUUGGCAGAAUACUGGGCAAAGGUCUGAGAGGAGGUGCAGAAGGUUGGACUUGGUUUCUGAGUAUUGGGUAAUGUAUGUACUGUAACCACAGCAGGACCUGAAUGUGUUUGCAAUGAGAGUUAGGAAAAAAUGAAUCGCUUCGACACUUUUUGGGAAACAUAGCUUGAUCAGUGAUGCAAACAAUUGUGAUCAGUUCAAUAUUCAGGGUGCUUGGAGCUGGUGGAACAUAUGGGUCAGGUGACAACUUACAAACUAAGACAAGUGUGGUGAUGGUCACAACCAUAAGUAACAGUUUAAUCCCCAUUCGAAUCUUACAUUAUUGGUUCAGUGUUGGGUUUAAUCCUGUCCCACCUGAUACAGACAGACUGACCAGCGUCUCAUGUCUGAAUGUGAAUGGUUUUACUGACUUUUGUUGACUACUACAGGACCGGGUCAGUGGCUCUGAUCACCGGCUAGCGUUCUGCUCUUGCUCUGGAUGAUGACUCUGUCAUUUUUACACUUCAUCUUUUAAUAAGUGCUUAAUAUUAGGAUUUGUUUUUAUUAGGACAUUGUUGCUGACAACCUGUUAGGUCAGUGCGCUGCUUAUACAACCAUAAUCCCAUUAUUUGAUCAAAAUGAAUUUAUUUAGAUUAUUUUAUGAUUUUUAAAUAGACAAAUUGCUUGUAUCUAAUGUAUGUAUUUACUGUAGUAGUAGAGUUGCAUCAAUCUUUGCUGGUCAGGAGAAAGAAAUACAGAGAGAAUAUAUAAAAAAACAUUAUAUGAAGAUUAUCUGUUUAUAAAAAAUACAAUAUAAUCAUAUAAUAAGAAAUACUAAAAGGUUAAGGUUCAUCUGCCCAAGCAGUAGUGAUUUAUGAGAGGCUUUUCUAGAGCACAGAACCACAACACUGUAAUAUCAGAGAGCGCUAUAAUACCUGGGCCUGGUUUUCAAUCUCCUCUGUGCGAAUGUAUAACCUCCUGCCAGGUUCCCUUGACCGUCUCAUUCAUUAAAGCCUGGAAGGCUGGAGGAAUCCUGGAUCAGCAGUCCUCUUAAAUCGUUUGCAUCAUGCUUAACAUUAAAAUGGUAAUGGAAGUCUUAAAAGGCAACUCCACUCUGACCAAACACCAGCAUCACGGUCUGAAGCCUGGACCUGCAUUGUAAGGAGUAUUACAGUAGUACUUACAGCAAGUGUCUAGUUAUUGAGUCUUACCCUUAUUAAUUUCUCUGUGCUUAGUUUAAAGAAUUGUAUUUCUUCCAGGUCUCAGCCAGAGUUUUACUCACACACAAGAUAAAUAUAUCUAUAUAAACUAUGUCUACUGAAUAGAAACAAUUUAUUUUUAUUUCAAAAUCUUGGUGCUACUGUAUCUAAUAAAACUUGGAGACAAAA